AUGAUUAGCUUUGAGUUUUUCCUAGAUGGCCUAUAUUAUGUGAGAGACCCUGCCUCUGCCUUGGUCACCGAGUGGCCUUCAUCAGUCUCCUCUGCAAAUGCUUCAUGGCCUAGUGUCCCCAUCCCUGCCACCUGUGAUCACAGGCCGAGGCCCUCCAGGGGUCACCACCAACCCACAAGCAACCACUUGGCAGCCAUCCCCUCCAGUGGCUCACUUGUGGCCACCCACAACUAUUACCGGCACCGCCUGGGUUCCACUUCCAGUAACAGCUCUUGCAGAAGUGCAGAGUAUCCUGGGGAAGCCAUCCCCCACCACCCCAGUCUCCCAAAAGCCCACCUGGGUCACUGGUGGGCAAGCUUCUUUUGGGGGAAGUCCACUCUCCCGUUCAUGCCUAUAGUGUUGGAGUCCCCAGAAUGCUCAGAAUCUCCCCAGGCCUCCAGUGACACUGUCACCUGUGACUUGGCUUUGGAAGCCAUGAGGAAGCAGCCUGGUGGCCAGCCUAGCAAAGCCAACACCGGCCCUGAUCCUGCGUGGCCAUCACAACCACCAGGCUUCAGGAGGCACUAG